AUGGAGAAUUGGAUAGAUAAUUUUGAGCAAUACAGUAAUACAUUUCCUACUUAUCAUUUUGAAGAACUUGAGACCGAUGCGAUUAUUAAACAAAGCAUAAAUGAAAUUAUACUUGUCCAUGAAUAUGCAUUUGAUGGAACACUUUGUCAAUAUGUAAAACAAAAUUUUAACAAAAUUAAUUGGAAUGAUAAGUUACGCCUUGCAAAACAGAUUAUUAGUGCCGUAAAAUGCUUACAUGAAAACGAUUUGAUUCAUUUGAACUUGAAUGAGAACAACGAUUUACCAAUGUCAGAAAUGGAAAUUUCAAAUUCAACAGAAUUGUUAAACUAUUAUACUAAUUUGCAUAAUAAGACAACAAAAGAAUUAAUGUUAAUUUCUUCAAUUAUAAAAAUAUUAAGUGAAAAUAGUAUGAUUAACGAUCAGAAUGAUCUAUUAAAUUUAACCAGUUCCUUAUCAACCUUAAAUAUUGUUGAAACAAUUCCAAUAUCUCUAGUUAAUGCGAGUAAUCAAAAUCAUAUUGACAUUCAAUUCCUUUAUGACUUAAAUAAAUUAUUUAUAACACAAUUUAAUAUACAAGGUGCUACAAAAAAUUCAGUCGGUUCUGUAAUUUGUUGCUUGAAAAAACAUAUAGUUGAACAUAACAAAAAUUCAGAAGAUAUUCUCGAACAUUACAAUAAUUAUAAGUUUAAAUACUAUUUUACAAGCAUUAUUGGAUUCUUUUAUGAGUAUGGAAUUGGAACAAUCGUCGAUUAUCACAAGGCAUUUGAUAUGUAUAGACAAGCAACUGAAAAUUUUAAUACUUCAACCAAGGUAGACAAUUUACUUAAAGAAAAUCAGAUUAUUGGAUUGAUAUCUUUAGGUUUACUUUAUAUUUAUGGAAAAGGUGUCAUAGCAGAUCAACGAAAGGGGCUAUAUUCAUUUUUAAAAUCAACUGCCAAAGGUUCAAUUUCUGGGAAAUAUUAUAUUGGACAAUGUUAUGAUAACGGUUAUGGUGUUAUUAAAAGAAAUAAUUUACGGAAUUAUGGAAUCUAA